CCACAACCUCCAUGAGAACUCUCGCACAAUCACAAAGGAGGCUUCGAAUACUGGACUCACAAACAAAAAGAGGGCUUCAAUUACUCAAAUGGCGGCUACUGAUAUGCCUAGGGUGAAGCUUGGGAGCCAAGGACUUGAGGUCUCGAAAUUGGGGUAUGGUUGUAUGGGGCUAACCGGGAUGUACAACAAUCCGGUUCCAGAGGAAGAAGGGAUAGCAAUCAUAAAGGAAGCUUUCAGUAAAGGUGUUACCUUUUUCGAUACUUCCGACAUUUAUGGAGCAAAUCAUGCUAAUGAGUACCUGGUUGGCAAGGCAUUGAAGCAUUUGCCCCGAGAAAAAGUACAACUAGCUACAAAGUUUGGUAUCUGUAAAAUUGAUCUUACCGAGGUUGUAGUGAAGGGUACUCCGGAAUAUGUUCGUUCUUGCUGCGAAGCUAGCCUGAAACGCCUUCAAGUUGAAUACAUCGAUCUUUACUAUAUACAUCGUAUUGACACAACUGUGCCUAUUGAGGAAACUAUGAGAGAACUGAAGAAAUUAGUCGAAGAAGGUAAAAUAAAGUACAUUGGCCUAUCUGAAGCUCACCCAGACACAAUAAGAAGGGCACAUGCGGUUCAUCCCAUCACUGCUCUGCAACAGGAGUAUUCCCUAUGGACACGUGACAUUGAGGACGAUAUUAUUCCUCUUUGCAGGUUCAUACUUAUCUUGAUCGUGUUUCAGGAACUUGGAAUUGGGGUUGUGCCAUACAGCCCUGUUGGUCGUGGACUUUUUGGUGGAAAGGCGGUUGUGGAGAGCUUGCCUACUAACAGUUUUCUGGAAAAACAUCCCAGAUUUACCGGAGAUAACAUUGAAAAGAAUAAGAGCAUAUAUUUUCGUUUAGAAGAACUGGCCAAGAAACAUGGAUGCUUACCUGCGCAACUUGCUAUUGCUUGGGUUCUUAAUCAGGGUGAUGAGUUUGUACCCAUUCCUGGUACUACGAAGACGAAAAACCUUCAUGAUAACAUUGAUUCUGUGAAGCUGAAGCUCACUAAAGAAGAAGUUAAAGAGAUUUGUGAUGUAGUGCCCAUCAGUGAAGUGGCAGGCCAAAGAAUUGGAGAGGCUUUUUACAAGACAACAUAUAGAUAUGCCAUUACCCCACCAUUGAAGCAGUAGAUUGUGAAGAAAUGUUGAGCCGCGGGGGAUUAGAUAUGCGUUAAUCUGUUGAGGGUGUCCGAUUGCGUGUGCUUUGUUGUAUGUAUGCAAUAUAUGAAUAUAAUGAGGAAUACAUGUCUGCCUCGCCUUGUAUUUUUGUAGAGUGAGUCCCAUUUAAGGAUCAAAAGUUGGAAAAUUCUACCAUGCAUAAAAAUGCUAUUACCCUUUUGUACUUGUAAUAAUACACAUGGUGUCUUUUCAA